AACAUUUUUAGUUUGAAACCAUGCCUACAUGUGUGCGCUUUCUCUUCUCUAAUCUCUUAGUGCUGUUCCUUCUUUUACUCACAGCCUCUUUGUCUUCUCUGCAGCCACUUUGUCAUCAAGAUGAGAGCUUAGCUCUUAUGCAAUUCAAGGAUAGCUUUAUCAUAGACAAUGAUACUUGUAUAACUUCGUCUAGCUAUCCCAAGGUUGCAUCAUGGAGUGUAGAAGUAGAACAUGGUAGAUCAGAUUGCUGCUCAUCAUGGGUUGGCGUUGAGUGCGACCCCCUCACAAGUCAUGUUAUUGGCCUUGACCUUAGUGACGGUUGUCUCUAUGGUUCUAUCAACUCCAACAGCAGCCUCUUCCGCCUUUCUAAUCUUCGAAGCCUUAAUCUUGCUUUUAAUCACUUCAAUUCCUCUAAAAUCCCAUCUACAAUUGGCAAUCUUUCAAGGCUGACAUAUCUUAAUCUCAGCUAUUCUCAUGUUUCAGGAGAAGUCCCCUCUGAAGUUUCAUACCUCUCCAAGUUGUCAUCUCUGGAUCUUUCUUAUAACAAUCAUGAUUUACAUAUUGGAAGUCUAGCAAGGUUAGUCCAAAACCUAACCCGCCUAGAAAAGAUUCUUCUUAGUGAAGUCAACAUAUCGUCCAUAGUACCUGAGAGCUUGGCAAAUUUGUCUUCUUUGAAGGCUCUAACGUUAGUAGGUUGUGGACUGUAUGGGGAGUUCCCAAUUCGAAUUUUUCAGCUACCACAACUACGGGACCUUAGGAUAGGAUACAAUGAAGAUCUCACUGGUCAGUUGCCAGAAUUUCAUUCCAGCAUUGUCCUUCAAGCUUUAUCGCUUUAUUACACAAGUUUCUCUGCUAAACUACCAGCUUCAAUCGGAAACCUUAAUUCCUUAGAGGUCUUAAAUAUUGCUUAUUGCAAUUUCUCUGGAUCGAUCCCAAACUCCCUCUGGAACCUUACCCAACUCACUUAUCUGGACCUCUCAAGGAACUCGUUCGAUGAUUUGUCAUUCCUCACCAAAGCCAGUUCUAAUCACACUUUUCCACAUUUACAAUUUUUACUGUUGUCUUUUCUCAACUUAACAAAGUUGCCAAAUUUCCUACAAAACCAAAAAAAACUUGUGCAUCUAGAUCUAUCAGUAAACAAUAUUCAAGGUAUAAUACCCAAAUCGAUGUUUAAUGCAAGUAAAGAAAACCUUGAAGGUUUAAUUCUUUCUAACAACUUUCUCACGGGUUUUGAAAAUUCUCAAGAUCUCCUUCACUUGCCAAAUCUAAAAACACUGGACCUUGACAAUAACAUGCUACAAGGAACAUUCUCGAUUCCUCUAGAUGUUGCACCAUCUAUUCAAUAUUUAUAUCUUUCUAACAACUUUCUCACGGGCUUUGAAAAUUCUCGUGAUGUUCUUCCUUGGCCUAAUCUAUAUGAAUUCAACCUUCAGAAUAACAGGCUACGUGGAUCCCUCCCAAUUCCACCACCAUCUAUCAAUAUUUAUCUAGUCAGGAAUAAUGCUUUUACAGGAGAAGUCUCGCCAUUGUUUUGCAAUCGAAGUUCACUUUCUUCACUUGAUUUCUCAUUUAACAAUUUGAGAGGCCUGUUGCAUCCAUGUUUUUGCAACUUAAGCCAGACUUUGAAAGCACUCGGACUACGAAGCAAUAACAUUGGUGGAACCAUCCCAGAUGCAUGGGCAAAAGGGUGCAGCUUAAGGAUGAUCGACUUGAGUCAAAACCAAUUACAAGGUCGGCUCCCAAGAUCAUUGGCCAAUUGUAAGGAGUUAGGGCAUCUUGAUGUUGGUUACAAUAAGAUCCGUGAUACCUUUCCCUCAUGGUUAGAAACUCUAACUGAGCUGAAGAUUUUCAUUCUUCGCUCUAAUGGAUUUUACGGUGCAAUAAGAAAUAUCAAAAUCAAUUGCACAUUCCCCAACUUGCAUAUCAUCGAUCUCUCUGAAAACAAUUUCUCUGGAGAUUUGCCUACAGAAUGCUUCAAACAGUGGAACGCCAUGAAAUUGUUUGGUGCACACAAGUCGCAAUACAUGGACUACGAUUAUGCUGGCAUCCAUUUCUCAUUUACACUACCACUAACACUAACCAGAGGUAUAGAGUUGGAGUAUGAGAGGAUCCAACAUGAACUCAUAGUCAUUGAUUUAUCAUGCAACAGAUUUGAAGGAGAAAUUCCAGAAGUAGUGGGAAAUCUAAAAGGACUACACAUUCUCAAUUUCUCCAACAAUGCUCUCUCCGGUCAUAUCCCAUCAUCGUUGGCAAACUUGACAGAACUAGAAUCAUUGGAUCUUUCUCAAAAUAAGUUGUUUGGAGAAAUACCCCCACAGCUCGCCCAACUCACCUUCCUAGCGAUUUUUAAAGUGUUCAACAAUUGUCUCACAGGUCCCAUACCACAUGGAAAUCAAUUUGAGGCAUUUCCGAACAGUUCAUUUGAUGGUAACCCAGGAUUGUGCGGAAGGCCAUUGUCAAAAGCAUGUGGAGAUUCUUUGCCUUUACCUGAUCCAACAUUAACGUUUGAACGAAAUCAAGGUUUUGUGUCUUCAUUUGAAUUUGGGUGGAAAGUAGUUGUGAUCGGGUAUGGGUGUGGAUUUGUAAUUGGAAUUGUUAUUGGACAAUGGGUGAUCGCAAGGAAGCAUGAUUGGUUUGUAAAUACCUUUAUAAAGAAGUAGUAACAAUCUUGUGGAAUGCUAGCUUCUAGCAUUGUUGUAUCCCAUGGGAUGGGAAUGGUGGUUAAAUAGAAAAACUUGAUGCUGUAAUAAUAAUCCUCGAAAUACAGUUCUUGAUGUGAUAGUUA